GUGGCACCGAGGCGAACAUACUCUACAGUACAUGAUGUGCCUUACAUAGUCAACGAAAUCCAUCUCUCAGCUUGAAUGCAUCGCGCCGUGUUGCCCUUACGAUCAGCCUCCCUAGAAACACAUUCUCGUCAGGCACAGCGCCGACUGACGACCAUGGCGAAUCUCCAUCUCGUGGGCAAUGCGCCUCCCGCCGCCGACCAGAAGACGACCUUCAGCAUCCGCGACUUGCCCAAGAGCAACAACUUCACCUCCAAACUGCCCGCCGACGCCGAAUUCCCCACCCCGGCAGCCUCUCACAGGGCGGAGCGGAAAGCGCUGGGCCCGCGACUGGUGCGGAAUGCCGCCUACACCUAUGUCCGUCCAGAGCCCUUCAGCCAGUCCGAGCUGGUGGCCGUCUCCAAAGCAGCCUUGAGAGAUUUGGCCAUCGACCCGGCGUCAGUCACCACGGAUGACUUCAAAAAGACCGUCGCGGGAGAGCACAUCGUGACACUCGACGGUGAUGAGCCGAGCGACAAGGACAUAUAUCCGUGGGCUCAGUGUUAUGGAGGGUACCAAUUCGGGUCGUGGGCUGGCCAGCUGGGAGAUGGACGGGCUAUAUCGCUCUUCGAGACCACCAACCCGGUCACUGGUCGGCGAUAUGAGAUUCAGCUCAAGGGCGCCGGCAAGACACCAUACUCGCGCUUCGCAGACGGCAAGGCGGUGGUGCGAAGUAGCAUCCGAGAGUUCGUAGUCAGCGAAGCUCUGAAUGCGCUCGGUAUACCAUCCACCAGAGCGCUCAGUUUGACCUUGGGACCCGAAGAGAGGAUCCGAAGAGAAACAACGGAACCGGCUGCAAUUGUGGCACGAUUCGCCGAAUCCUGGAUCCGCUUUGGCACAUUCGACCUGCCGCGAUCACGGGGAGACCGAGAUAUGCUCAGGAAGCUGGCAGACUAUGUUGCCGAGGACGUGUUCGCUGGAUGGCAGAAUCUGCCUGGGAGAGUGCCCACGACCGAGGCGAAGGACGUUGUGGAGGUGAGUCGAGGCGUAGCAAAGGAAGAAGUGCAAGGAGAAGCAGAAGUUGCGGAGAAUCGCUAUGCUCGACUGUUCCGCGAGGUGGCUCGACGGAAUGCAAAGACUGUAGCCGCAUGGCAAGCGUAUGGCUUCAUGAACGGAGUGCUGAACACAGACAAUACAUCCAUCUAUGGCCUGUCCAUCGACUUUGGGCCCUUUGCUUUCCUCGACAAUUUCGACCCGAAUUACACGCCGAAUCACGACGAUCACAUGCUCCGCUACUCAUACAAGAAUCAGCCGAGUAUUAUCUGGUGGAAUCUCAUUCGACUCGCCGAAGCUUUGGGGGAGCUGAUUGGCGCAGGAUCAUGGGUAGACGACGAAGAAUUCGUGACACAAGGUGUUCGAAAAGAGCGCGCAGACGAGCUCAUCAAGCGUGCAGAGACCAUCAUUGACCGUGUCAAGGAAGAGUACGAGGCAGUGUUUCUAGCAGAGUACAAGCGUCUCAUGACAGCUCGCCUCGGCCUAAAACAGACCAAAGAGAGUGAUUUCAAAGACCUCUACUCCCAACUCCUCGAUACCCUUGAAGCUCUCGAACUCGACUUCAACCACACCUUCCGCCGUCUCAGCAACAUCAGCAUGGUAGACAUUGACAGCCACGCCAAAGCCAAAGAAGUCGCCGGCCGCUUCUUCCACCACGAAGGUCUCGGAAGCCUCGUCAGCCUCACCGAAGACCAAGCCCGCGACCGCCUCGCAACCUGGCUCACACGCUGGCGAACCCGAAUUCUCCAAGACUGGCCCAGUUCCGAAGAAGCUCGCACCGAACGAAUUGCGGCCAUGAAGGCCGUGAAUCCGAAUUUUGUACCAAGAUCUUGGAUUCUGGAUGAGGUCAUUACAGAGGUGGAGAAGAAGGGUAAUCGAGACAUUUUGAAUCAGGUCAUGCUCAUGGCUUUGGAUCCUUUUGCUGAUGUGUGGGAAGAUGUUGGUGGUAGUAAAGAGGUGCAGGAUCGAUGGACGGGGGAUGUUCCGAGGUAUCAACGUGCUAUGCAGUGUUCGUGUAGUUCGUAGGUUAAAUUAGAGACUACCUAGCUUUUAUAUCUACCUACCUGACCUAAUGAGAUAUGACUGGC